GAAUGAUAUCGGUUUAUCUAAGAUCCGAAUUGAUUACUACACUUUAGAGGUGUGUGCCCUAGACUCCCUUGUAGUUGAAUGUUAUCGGUAAAUCUAGACUCUGAACUGAUCGCUCUUCCGUGAAAGAUGUUCCAUAUUUACUCCUGCAAAGAAUUUCUUGACUUUUUUCAUUUGACUUUCUAGUUUGGAUCUAGUAAUUCUGGCGGUCAGUAAACGCUAUACUCUUCUCGAGUCGGGUGUUGAACCUAAAGCUUCCUCGAUAGGCAGUCAAGUCAAAUUCAAGCGUACUUAGCCUCUCGGCCACAUAUCCCACAAUUAUCACUUAAAAAGUACCCAGCGGAAGUCUGGAGUCGAUGCAGUGUUUUGUUGUUUCAGGAGGGGACUCACUGAGCUGCCCGUGUCGACUACAGGUGGAGACGUCAAAAAGACAGCUCAAGUAGACCUCCCGUGGACUUCGGUGAAGUCUAAAGAUACUGUUGAGAAAUCUGUUUGCCCGAAGUCAUCAUGUUCUGCUGUUGUAUGUCCUUGCCCACAAUGAAAGAUGAGAACCCUCUAAUUGUAGACCUCAGAAAAAUACUUUGUGACAAAGCCUGGGCCUGCUUUCUGUCAACGUUAAGCUGGUGGCAAACCCGUUUCAUCAAGAGAGACGAUUUCCUUUUCGACAUCCCAGAAAAAUUCUUCGUUUUCAAAGACAUUGGUCAAGAAUUCCACCCUAGGCCGUCUCAAAGUUUGGAACAGCAGGACAUGAGCAAUAGACUACAGGCGAACGCAUCUUCUCUCGAGACUCUGUCCAGGCCAGAGACGUUUGCACUCGACACCGUGUUCAACAACGACACUGCCGAGACCCAGAUGUACCAUUUUAGGUUUGAGAAAUCACGACGGACGGAAAUAUCUGUAACCUUCCAGAAAGGUUUCACCAUUGGGGGCAAGGCCAACUUCAGCAUUGGAGUUCCCCAAUUUUUUGGCGAGGGGAGUCUAGGAGCAGAGAUUCAAUUACAAUAUCAGGUGUCGAAGGCAGAAGGUCAAACAUUCGAAGAGACUGUUCUAAUGGAAGCGACCAGUGAUAUUACGGUAGGCCCCAACAGCUGCUACCACGCAAAGGUACAACUGGAAGAGAAGACUUUUAUCACAGACUUCACCGUCACCACGCGAAUGGAAAUACCCCAAGACAGGGCACCGGUGUACAUCAACAGAAAAUCUGACGGUGAACUUAUCUUUGUCUACAACGUCAACAACCUGAGAACUACGUUCACCCGAAAGUUGGUCCCAUGUGUUCGGAAUCUGGGAGAGAACGAAAAGGGAGACCCCAAAGUCAUUGACUUUGAGACCAAGGGAGUGAUGAAAGGUUCCAUCGCUUGCAACCACACGAUAGAGCUGAAGAGCGACGAACCGGAGGAUCUCAAGCAACGAGCACAGGGCAGAACAUGGAAAGAAAUAUAAUCUUUGAGAUUAAUGCUUAAGCUAAGACGUACAAAGUACAAAGAUUAAAAGAUAGAAAACAAAUAAAAACAAAGCACAAAGUAAAAAAAAAACAAACAAACAAAGUAAAACAUACAGAGUAGAAAUAGUUUCAAACCACAUCAGAUAUUUCUCAAUCUAGAAACAGGGGUGGCAACCGAACUAUUUUCAGGGGACACAACCCAAUUUAAAAAAAAUAAAUAUACACUGACAUUAAAUUUGAAUCAGAAAACGAUUUCCAAAAUAACAUUUUUUACAAUGCCUCUAUUUAGGUUAAACAUUCAUAGAAAUAAAUGGAUUCUUGAAACAGCUGUAACAAUUUUCAUAGAAGUAUGACAGUUGAAUAAUAUGCCUAUCUUUGAGAAAAAAAAAUUAGAUUAUGUAGCUGGCCACACUGAGAAAAAAGAAUAAUUUAAAUUUGGCUUGAGGAAUAUUAUAUAUAAAUUAUUUAUAAUUUAUCUUGAACAGACUACGUCUUUGGGUAUUUGAGACCAAAAUAAAAUCCGCUGCAGAGGACAGAUGCAGACGUCGAAAUCUUAAUCGACCACCGGCGGACAAUGGAUGGCUGCCUGGUCGUGCGGUUUGCGCGCUGGACUGUCGUUCGCAUUUAUCGACGGUCGAGGGUUCAAACCCUGCCCGCUCCCAUCCCACGUCGUACUGCGGGAGGUUUGAACUAGGAAGUAAAAUAUCUUCAACUCUGAAGGAACAUCCGAAACAUGUAAACAAAAAAAAAACACAAUGGUUUUGCUUGCCCUGGAUGUGGCAAAAUAUUUAGGUCACAGCUGGAGCUGCGUAGCCACGGGAAAUACUGCAUUCCUCACUUAUCUUCGGACUCGAAGACAAGCCUUAUUAUUAUUAUUAGAGAGUUAACUAAAUUAAUCAUGUUCAAAAUGCUUAAUUAUUUUGUAAUAAACCCAAUCAUUGAUUAGUUGUUAAGAGUAAAAUAAUGGCUCGAUAAGAUGUAUAAAGAAGAAUCAUCUUUUUAAAAAACUCAAUAGUUAAAUGUUGUACUUGUUUAUCUUUCUUUCAUACAGAUAUUGAACAAUUCUUUCUUUUAGGCGAUGGACUGAAUGAAGAUAAUAUUUUUUUAAAUACUAUUCCUAAUUCCUAUAUUACGCUGACCUGAGGAGAGUCCUGUGCAAGGUAGACACCUGCGGACAAUAGUUAUGUUUGCCCCGGAUGUGGCAAAAUAUGUAGGUCACAGUUUGGGGUUGCGUAGCCACGGACUCGAAGACAAGCCUUAUUAUUAUUAUUAUAUUACCUAUUACCUUAGAGUUUUGAGUUCGCUCUUAGUGAAUAAUAGUAUUGUAACUGCAGUCUAAUCUUAUAUACAACAGACGUUAAAAAGAAGAUGAUUACUUCCUAAGCGCCAUGCAUUUAGUUAUGCAUAUUAAUCAAUGACCUAAAUUCUGCCAAGUCACUGGGAUUCAUGGCUAGCCCAGGCAAUCCAUUCCAUUCUCUAAUAGCACUAGGGAAGAAGGAGUAUUUGUACACAUUUGUCCUAGCAUAUGGGACAAGGAGUGUGCAUUUAUCUUUGUGUCUUUCUGAGUAUUGGGUUUAGCUGCAUGCCUAGUUUAUAGAAACACUUUCGCAAAUAUUAACACCAAAAAAGACUGACACCGUUGAAUAUAAAGAAGAAGUGAAUUGUUAACUGCACCGAACUACAAUAUAAAAGUAGAAGAUAUUACGGGCAACAA